GAUGUUUAGAUAUUGUGGGGAGAAGUUACAUGUUAAUCACUUCUGGGAGUUAAGGGGUUAAUUAAGAUAUCGUGAGAGACGAGGUGACCCAAUGGCUAUUGCGGGUCGAGUGGUCUGGGUUCUACGCCUGGCCAGGAGAUUGUGUUGUGCUCUUAGAAAAAAUUCAUUACUUUCACAAUGUCUCUCUCCACCCAGGAGUAUGAAAGGGGACUGGGGAAUUUCGAGAGAAGUCUAGUGAAAUGCUGGGGGGUAAUUAUGACCUUGAGAUGCACCAACAUCCUAUCCAGGGGGGAGUUAGAACCACACUGUGACCUGUGGAGAACGUUGUGUGACUGCGUGACUUGCACGUAACAGCUUUUAAGAAUUUGUGACUUUUAUUUUCGUUUCGUUAUUAAGUUAUUAAUUAUACUAAUUUCUCGCCGGAAUUUCGAAUCACGUGAUUCAAAAAGUCGUUGUCCGGACGCGAGUUUAGUGGGCAUCGCCGUGACAUGGUUAGGAGGUUUUUACGCAACAAUAAAUCCCUUGUUGAUUCAACUUGCGAAUCUACAGUGUCUUUGGGAAACUGGGCCAAAUAUUCCUCCACACUCCUAGUCGCUUCAUGCGAUGGAAACCGGGGUAAUCUCCGCCUGGAUGGGCCACUUGGCUCGAGCACAGACUUUACCCACAAACAAUAUCAGCUGAAAUAUUGUCUACUUUCUCAACACACAGAGUAUAUGUUAGACGUGAAAAUUAUUUUGACUGGUGAAAAACCAGCGAGGUACGAGAAUUCCAUAAUCAUCAUGAACCACAGAUGCCGUUUGGAUUGGAUGUUCUUUUGGUGCGUGAUGGCGCGAUCUAGCGAGUUAGCGUUGAGAAAUGAGAAGAUCCUGAUGAAAAGAGAAUUGAAAUAUAUUCCUGGCCCAGGGUGGGCCAUGCAGAAUGCGCUCUAUAUUUUCUUGUAUCGACGCUGGGAGAAGGACGAGGGCUACCUGAAUUCGUUACUCAGAUAUUUUGUGAGUUCACCAGAUAAAUUACAUCUUCUUAUGUUUCCCGAGGGUACUAACUUCGAAGAGAUAACAAAAACCUGGAGUGAUAAUUAUGCCAAGAAGAAUGACCUUCCGCUUUACGACUAUGUUUUGCAUCCUCGCGUGCGUGGAUUCACUCACUGCGUAGAAAAACUUCGACAAGGGAAUAAAAUAGAUGCUAUUUACGAUGUGACAGUGGGUUAUUCUGAAAAUUAUUGCUUCGAGGAACUAGAUAUAAUGAAAGGAAAGAUACCAGAUGAAAUUCACUUUCACAUUCAGAGAUUUUCCAUCGAUGAACUGCCGGUUGAUUCGCAAGGUCUCGACCAUUGGUGCAGCAAACGAUGGAGUGAAAAAGAAGAAAGACUAUCAAAAUUUUACGGCCAAGAUGAAAAACAUUUUACUCCCGUUGUUGAGUCGGUAAUUGUAGAUAACAACGAGGAGGAAGCAGUGAGAGUUUUCUACAAGUUUGAGCUAGUUUUUUGGGUGCUUUCAAGUAGUUGCGUUUGUCUUCUUCUGGCCGCGUCGUCAGUGUUGAGAUGGUGCUUACUUUUUUUCGGAAUUGUGUUUUUUGUUCUAACUCUAUGUGGUGGAACAGACGAAAUAUUUUUGAAUGCGCAAACGGCGCCUCUAGAUGCUUCUGAAAGCUAACCAUUCUACGUUUUUCGAUAUAGGGGAGUGUUGUGAGAGAACAAAUGGUAUCAAUGAACACUCCUGAGAGCUGCUUUAAAUGUGUUUCCUCGCUAGUUGGGUAACAAUUUAAAAGCAAUUCUUUGUAAUUUAAGAAAUCAUUUCAACAAGUAUAUUCUCAGCCUAAAGUUGGCACCAAAACUAAAUGAAUAUUCGGUGCGUUAAAAAAUCAAAGAGAGAGAACCCCGAUGGUGGCGAAGUGAAAAAAUAGGGAGUCGAAUACUGCAUGUGCCUACUGAUAUAGAAAAAUAUUAUGGCAUUGAAAAGAAUUAAAGGUUGUAUAAUGACGCUAGAAGGUAUUGUUCCGGAAUAUUUGUCUCACGUAACAAUAAUAACAAUAAUGUAAUAAAAAAUGUGGUUAUUGUU